AUGCCCAUUUUUCGACCAUGGGAGGAUCAAGUCCCAUCUUCAACCAAACUCUCCACCUCGAUAAGUGAUGAGGCGCUCGAGAUUAUCGUCGUCGAUGAUGAGAUGGAUUUCUCUGCCUCUUCUUCUUCUUCUUCAUCGUUUUCGUUAACCCCAAUUUCGAGCAAUUCUUCAGAUGGAGAGCAUUCCUUGGAAUCACCGCGCACCCAAAACAAUCGUCAAUGCACUCGAUGUGAAUGCCCAAAUUGUUUGAAUGGGAAAGAUCGGAGUCCGACUGGGAUUAGAGUACAUGUUUGUCAUUACAAUGGAUGCACAAAGAAGUACAGAAAAACGAGUCAUCUCAGGGCACAUUUGAGAUCACAUGAAGGCUGGAAACCGUUUGUGUGCACUUUUCAUGGCUGUGAUCGAGCCUUUGGCCGAUCCGAUCAAUUGCAACGACAUAUGAGAGCGCACACCGGAGAGAGGAAACAUUUGUGCGAGCAUUGUCAGCGAAGAUUCGCUCGCUCGGAUCACUUGCGACAGCACAUCGCCCGUCAGCACCUUCAAGCUGUCCCCGCAAAGCCGUUCACUCAUCCACCGGUCCCGGCUCAACCGAUUUUUUAUCAAAUUCCUCAUUUUUACCCACAUCCUCAUCAAAUUUUCAAUCCGAAUUGGAAUAGUCGAAUCUUCCUGUCACCCUUUCCAACAAUCACCAUUCAAGCUUUG